CAUCAAUGCUGUCUGUGUGAUGAGAGAUUUUUACAGAGCUCGGAAUUAGAAGAUCACUGUCGCAUACACACUAAUGAAUUUAGAAAUAACCUAAAAUGCGAAUCCGAUCCAGAAACCAUGUCUUCAAAUGAAAAUCAGAUAACUCAUCAACAAACUCAUCAACAUCGUUUAACUAAAAUUGUGCUAAUGUGUCCCUUGUGCUCAGAGAUUUUCAUUUCAGUAGAAACACAACAAAAACACAUCACUGCACACGAAGAACUUGGUGAAUGCAUUUGUAAGAAAUGUGGAUUGUUAUGUAAAACUAUGUUCGAGCUGGUGAAACACAAUGAAAUCAAACAUAGAGAAAAAGCAUACGAAUGUUCUGUGUGUGGUAAAUCGUUUUUAACACCUGUCCAUCUUAAUAAUCAUAUGAAAUACCACGAAUCCCGCCAGAUACUUUCUUGUGACCAGUGCAACAGAUCUUUUACUACUGACAUAGGUCUUCGAAAUCAUCGAUUAGUUCACUCAAAUAAACAAUGUAUUUGUGAUGUAUGUGGUAAAUAUUACAGUAGUAUGGCAUCGCUUGCAUCACAUAAAUCAGCCCAUAGAGAAAAGUGCUUUAAAUGUACGAAUUGUGGCAAGCUGUUUAAAGGUUCAAAUCAAUUAUCAAGGCAUAAAAGAAUUCAUACUGGAGAAAAACCCUUUCAAUGUGGUGUUUGUUCUCAGUCAUUUAACCAAAAAUCUUCUCUCGUCACGCAUAUGAGAAUACAUACAGGAGAGAAACCAUACUCAUGUACAGGGUGUGAAAAAUCAUUUUCACAACUUUCAGCUAAGAGAAGUCAUGAGGUAACCCACUUUAAAUUCAAACCAUUUCAAUGUACGAUAUGUGGUAGGGGAUAUAAAGCAAAGAAAUCGCUCAUUAACCAU